CUUGCCGUAGAACUCAACAGUAUCCUGCGCCGUCUGACCUCCGAGUUCAAAACACAAAGUCUGAGCAGCAUGGGAAAUGCUCGAAGCUGUGUUGUUGCCUCGCUCUCCGUAUGUUCCGUAUGUUUAGGCUACAUGUACAUUUAUCGCUCUCACAAAUUGCUGCGUCAAAAUGCGCUGAAUAGCGACAAACUUCCGAGUUUUGUGUAUCUUUACAUCAAAUACCUGAGCAGAGCUGUGACGCGGAGAGCAGGCCACCUGUACGCAGCGCGCGCAACAGGAGCGCGUGCUGUUGUUUACACGGUGCUCAACUGCAGGCUGGACAGAACUCUGCUGAGGAGAUUCUGCGGAGCAGCGGGGUAUGGAUGGGAUUAUCCGGACACUGAAUUCAGAGACCUCCCGCUGUGUUUCCCGGAGGUUCUCUGCUCCAGACUAAUGCUUAUGUUGUUAACAGACCACAACUUUAGGCUCAGCCCAGCAGGUCUUGUCCGUGUGCGACAGAGCCUGAAAACCCUUCAGCCAAUCGAUGAGCUGAAGAAGGGUCCUUUCACGCUGCAGGUCGCGGUGGAGGGAUACCAGCAGACGGAUGCAGGGGUGGAGGUGGACGUCUGUUUGUCCGCUGCGUCUCGUUCCGGAUGUCCGGUGUGGGAGAGCGUCGUAACGCUGCUGUCACAGAACCGGCGCCACGAGCCCACGAGAGACCUGCUGAGGAACGAAGAGGAGGAACCAGACAAUAAGGACAGUAUGAAGCAGGUGGAGGUCAGAGUUCCCAUGUUGGCCGGCCCUCGGUGUGUUUGGCCCUUCACCGACUACUCCCCGCAUCGCCUCCUGUCUCUGCCGGCUGUGUUCUGCGGCCUGAAGUCUCGAACGGUGCCGGGUCUGUGGAUGCUGUCCGUCUGCUUGGCCGAAAUAGAAAAGCACAAAGGUGUUGAAAUCAUCACGGCUCCUGUCUGUGUCACAGCCCAGUUUAAGGAGAAUCCGCCAGCAGCAGGAACCGUAACUAUCAGAUUCUGGGACACGAGCAAAAACGUGGGUCAGUCUGCUGAUGAAGGCCUGAGUUUCCAGUUGCAACUACAGGGACAAAGCUCCUCCCACAUGGUGGGACUGAUUUCGUAGGAUGAAGAACGUCUGUCAACAAAAAUGUUUACGUACCGGUUUUCUGAUAAUCUUUGACUAGGUCAUUCUAACUCAUAAACAGGAUCUAAUUUUUUCUAAUUCUAUGUUUCAGGUCAUUAUCAGUCAUCAGCACAUUUUUUUCCUUGAUUAAAAGAUCUGCUGGGAAAAAUCUGUGUUGAUUUCUUUUGGUUCUUAGCUUACAGGAUGAUUUUUCACCAGAAGAAUCUUCACUUUGUUUCAGUAAUAAUAAAUGUUUUAUCUAGUUUCCCUUCAGCAGGUUCCAGUCAGAUUGAGGUUACGGUUUACGCCGGACGUUUUGUAGACCCACUCAACACUUUGUCGGUGCUGUGUCGACCCACUGACCGUAUUGGGUCAAAGCAAACAUCACUCCUGCUGUGACUGAAUGUUUUUCAAUAUUUCAUCACUCCAGUAUUUCCGUCUGCAGCUUCUGUGUGUGAGAGUCUGUCCUCUUGGAUUAUUUAUAUGCUGCCCUUCAGUGUGUGGCACAGAGAGGAGUGGCUCUUCAUGCAUCGCUGCACAGCUGAGAGGUGUUAGUUUUAAAAAAUUAGGUUGUUUUGAAAAGUCUUAAGCUUUUUCAAACAAAUCGGACUAAGAGGGUUUGAUUACAGUUGAAAAGCAAUUUACUAGGUGUUUUCUCAUAAUAUACACAUUUUUGUUUUUUGUUGUUUUUUUAGGAUUUGGAUGAAUGGAUUUUUUUCUAAGAUCAUACAAUAAUUAUGACCUCCUCUGUCUUCUGGUUGAACAUGACUUCCAAUGCAUCUGUCAGGGUAGCUUUACAAAGAGUGAGACUCUUUGUUAGAACGUAGUUUAAUGUUUAAAUUGGCCCUAAAAUUUAUUAAAUUUCGUCUGCGUAAAUUCACCGUAAUAAAGCUCCAUUAGCCAUGUUGUGCUUGU